AUGUCAAGUAAUUUUGAUUGGGAUGGUGAUCAUAGCGAGAGUGAUAGUGAAAUGGAAUGGGAAGAUAACAAUGUCACUGAGAAUAAAAAAUCAAGUAACGACCCAUGUUCUAAUGAUCUUCAAAUUCUAUUUAAUGCUUCAAUGAUCAUCAAGAAUAAGAUAAAGAGCAAACCAGUAUUUGAAACCCCAUGGCCACCUCUUGCUGCAGAUAUCACAAAUGAAAAUGCAGAAAAAGUUGUCGAUCCUGCUCUCUUUAAUGUUCUUGCUUGGAUUUGUGGAUUUUCUGAUAAUCCUCAGCUUAAUAGUUAUGUCACUGUAACAGACAACCAGCAUUCGAAAAUCAUGGCAGUAGCACAAGAUCUUCUGUUUGUUGCUUCCCAUGGACAAAAUCCAACACCAAAGAGCAUUGCAUUAGCUAUGGCAAUGAGACAACUUACUGGUUCCUCAAAUGUCUUGAAAUUACUAAACCAAUUUGGACAUUGCAUGUCACAUGAGUAUGUUCUGCGUCAUGAGACUGCCUUGGCACAAGUCAAUGUAUCCAGUGAAGGUACUUUACCACCUGGCUUUUGCAAAGAUAAAUUUACAACUCUUGCUUGGGAUAAUGACGACUUUUGCGAGGAGACAAAAACUGGAAAAGGAACGACUCAUGUUACUGGUGGCAUUAUUAUUCAGCGACAAAGUUGCGAAGUUGAAGAAGAAUCGGUAAGAGUAAGUAUUCCAAGGUCAUCAUCAUUGGAAUAUGUUCCAGAUGAAAUAACACCGUAUGCGCUGGGAAAGCGAGUUACAGUAAACCUUAAGGAUGCUCUUCAAGAAGUUUCAGUUGAUGAGUAUGUUUAUGUGCCAACACAGAAAGCAGCGAAUGCACUUGAUUUUUCAUUUGUUCUUUGCAGAAAUCUUCAAAAUGAGUGCCUUUUUCCAAACUGGACAGGUUUUAACAUAUUGCUUCAGUCCACAGAAAUCCCAAUUUUGUCAAAGAUAGGAUAUUUGCCGAUAAUAGAUGCACCUCCGACCGAAAUGUCAACAAUCAACGCUAUAAUGAAAAAGAGCACAGAAAUUGCAAACAAGUUAUGUAUUCACUAUGUCUGCCUGGUGUUUGACGAAUCUAUUUACGCCAAAAUUCAAGAAGUGCGAUGGAAAGAAGAAGAAUAUCUAAGUAGGUUUAGUGUUCGACUUGGUGAAUUCCAUAUGGCCAUGUCAUUUUGUGGAGCAAUUGGAAAGCUGUUCAAGGAUGCAGGAUUGAGGGUGAGUUAACUAGGUAUAUACAUGUACGACUAAUUGUACAGUUUAAGUAGCCAAAAUGUUGCAGCUGAGAUUGAGUAAAUAACAAGAUGUACCGUACAGUGUUAUACAGUUCCUACAGUUUUAUAUUUUAAUUUUCUGUCUCAUUAUGUUUUUAGGAUUUGCUUGUGGAGUCUGAGCUUGUAGCGGCUGGAUCCAUCAAAGGAGUCAUAAAUGGAAAACAUUAUAACCGUGCCAUCCGCACACACAAAGUGAUGUUUGAAGCAUUGACACGCCUCUUAUUUGAUAUGUACAUGCAGUCACUGCCUGCAGAAUCGCAGGAGCAAAUAUCACUUUUUAUUGGUAAGAAUUUCUCACUUGCUUUGAUUUUUAAGAUGUCAAUGAUCAAACGUUUGUUAAUUACAGAAUUUACGAUUUAAUUAUUUUCGUCGAUACUAUUAAAAUUUUGAUGCCCUUUAGUUUAGUGGAAAAUUUUCUACAUUCUGUUUUUCAUUGAAUUGCCGGAAUUGAAAAAAAAUAUGUUAUUUUGCAGAGAACAUGGCCAAAACAUUUCCAGACGAACAAUUUAAAGAUUACGCACUCUCUGAAGAAUUUCAGUCCAUCCAGAAUGGCUUCAAUACUUACGUAAACGAGAAAUCAGCUACAAACAAAACAAUGGGAAUGUGGAUGUGGAUGGUAUACAUGCAAAUGGUACAGACUCUUCUUUUGUUCAUUCGAGCAACCCGUGACAACAACUGGGAAUUGCACUUAUCAGCUGUGAGAUCGAUGCUCCCUUGGUUUUUCGCGGCAGACCGUGUCAACUACGCCAGAUACGGAUCGAUAUAUUGGCUUGAGAUAAUUUGCCUUAAUACGACUCAUCCAGGUACACAAAAUUAUAUUCAGUACUUAGAUUACAGUGGAUCAUAGGUUUGUGCACGUAUGUAUAUGCCAUAUGUUUAUAAUUGGCGCUUUUAGUAGGUUGUAAACUUCAUUCCUUUGAACUCCUAGAUGCACUACAUGGAAUCGAAGCAAACUGGACAUGUCAACGACAACAAAAAUAUGGCUUUUCAUCCUCAGCGUGCGAUCAAGUUAUGGAGCAGACCUUCAACCGGGACUCAAAGACGAAAGGUGGGAUAACGGGAUUUACUCUUAAUAGAUCUGCCGUUCAGCGAUGGAUUCUUGCACAGUCGGAAAGAGGCUCAAUUACAAGACAGUGCUAUUCUCUUGCUGGGCUUUCUAAGAACGAAAGGUACUGUAAGUAGAGCGUUUCUAAUUUCAAUAAAUUUAUUGCUGGAAUUUGGAAAGAAACUAUUACGAUUUAAAUACAUGCAAGUGCUUGUACGGUGUCAUAUAUUAUUUCAUGAUCAAUUACAUGACAAUACAUUACAUUACAUUACAUUACAGAGCGCGUAAAGACCUUGAUGUGUCCCAGAUGAUAUACCAUAACUCUGAAAUAUCCGCUGUAAUUGAAACGAUCUCAGCAAUGACAAACCCGUUUGAUCCCGAUCUGAAAGAUCUUAUAAACAUCGCCAGUGGGGAGGUGGCAAAUCCUUGCGUGGUGACUGAUAUGCUAGCCGCAAAAGAAAUUGGUGAAAGAAAAUUCAAAGAGUUUGUGGACGACAAAGUCAAAGCUGAAAAGCCAGAUAUAUUUACAACAAUCCCGAAAACAAAUCUAAAGACCUUUACGAAACGAAAUGUCAAAUCGCAAGUAAAAACGAAGAAAGGUGAGAUCGUUGAACUAAGAAACGAUGCAAAGUUUAUCUCUCGUUUGUUGGCAAUCGGUGAAUCUAGAGACGUUGAUAUGAAAAAUCUUAUGUCGUACAGUUUAAGAAAGUUCCCACAUCCUUUUGCAACAGUUGAUGGUGAACUUGUGAAAAGCCCAAAAUGCAAACUUCUUCAUGAAUUGGUUGGCCGUGUAACUGAUCCAAUGGUUGAAACGACACAGACGUCAGGAGCCUUGUUACUCGACGCGAUGGCAAUGUUGCAGACAUUGAAAUAUAUUCCCCAAACAUUUGGAGAACUAGCGGAGAAGAUUUUGCAGAUGCUCUUAAGUUGUGCCAGAACUGCAAAUGCAGAAAGAGUUGACUUUGUAAGCGACAGAUAUCCUGCUGUCAGUAUUAAGAACCUCGAGCGAAACAAAAGAGCAGUAUCCGGUGUAACACAAAUCAGAAUAGGAGGGCCAAACCAGAAAGUGCCUUGCCAAUUCAAAAGGUUCCUCAGUCUUGGAGAAAACAAGGAAUCGUUGAUAGAGUUUAUAUUUAAGCACUUUUGCACGAUGAAAUUGGAAGGAAGGCUUUCUCGACUCUCCCUGUACUUUUCCCAUGGACAGAUGUGUCAUCGGUUUUAUGUUGAUGUGAGAAAUGUGGUACGAGUUGAAGACGUCCCAGAAUUAUAUUCCGACCAUGAAGAAGCGGAUACUCGUCUCAUUCUUCAUGCAAAACACGCCUCGACUGAACAUCACGUAAUAACCGUGCGAAGUCCCGAUACGGACGUAUUUGUUUUGAUGCUAGGCCACAAGGACGCGAUUGAUGCCAUGCUGUAUUUCGACACUGGGUCUGGCAACCACCGAAGAGUGCUUGAUCUUGAUCAGUGUCAUCGCCAGUUAAGUGGUUCGUUUUGCGAUGGAUUAAUUGGAUUUCAUGCGUUUACAGGUAACUGAAUUUUUCAGUCCAGUUAACUCGCUACCAUUUAAAUUUUCUACAUGGGAAAUAAACUGCAGUUACAGCCCAAUUUCCGAUCCAUAUCUUAUUUAAUAUUCCCCACUUCGAUGUUUCUCUUGUCCGUUUUUAGGCUGUGACAGCACGAGUUCAUUUUAUUACAAUGGAAAAGUUAACAUUUUGAAGGUUUUGGACAAGAAUCUUGAAUUCUUGCCUGCUUUUCAGACUAUUGGAUCCACUUUCAUCCCAAAUCCUGUUUUGGAGAAAGAGAUCGAGAAGUUUAUCUGCCUAUUGUAUCAACAGAAACAAGUGGACGAUGUAAAUGUAGCACGUUAUAAUAUUUUCCGACUUGGAAAGUAUUGUGAAAGGGAUAUGCCAUGCACCAAAGAUGUCUUAAGAAAACACCUAAACAGAGUUGUGUACCAGGCUGCAAUUUGGAGAAGAGCUUUAACUCCCAUUACCGAUUGCCCUAACAUAGCCGAACAUGGCUGGCUUGUUGACAACGACGGGAAUGUAUCUAUAGAUUGGAUGGAUUUACCACCUGCCCCAGAUGGGAUCCUUGAAAAUGUUCAAUGUGGAUGUAAAACGGGAUGCACGUCAAAUAGAUGUUCAUGUCGCAAGGCCAACUUGCAAUGCACAAGCAUUUGCCGAUGCAAUCAUUGUUCAAACGCAACACAAGAAAGUGAUGAAAGUGAUACAGAUGCUGACGAUAUUGAUGAAAAUGACUUUGAUGAUGAACAUUAA